ACCGAGUGCGUCCGCGCGAUUCUCCGCAACAGGAGAGUCGCGAGAAGCCAGUGAACCCCACUUUGCACUUCGCUUCGGACCGAUCUGUCGAUUACACGGAAAUAUUCGGAGCGAGCGCCUAGCCGGACGCGCGAGAGAGACCGCGAUCGAUUCGCCUCGGCAGAGGCGAAUGAACGCGCGCGACGCUCGGCUACGUUACUGCCGGCCACGACGACUACUGCCACGAUGGCCGAGGAAGUUGACACAAACGAUAACGCGGCGAUGGAAAGUCUAGUGCAAACCCUGCUGGAGGUCAGUGCCGGAGAAGGCGACCCUUCCACGCUCAACGAAGUGGGCGCGCUGCAGUUUCAGGCGUCGCAAGUGAUCUCGCGGCUGGAACAGGCGGUGGAGCGAGCUGCCGAAGGCGCUGCUGACAGCGGCGCCGGCGGCGAUGGCAGCACGUGGAACAAUCCCUCGGGAUUCCUGUCGCAGCCGAAAAAACCGGACGAAAUAUUGGCGCUGAUACAGGAUUUAGUACUUCACGAAGAUGCACCGCAAUCAGCAGAAGCUGAUUCUACAGACACACCAGCCAACCAAGUUACCGCACUACCAAUUUUAACUGAGGCAGCGAAAUUAGCCUUGGUCACGCAUACUGUCUCAGCUUACGCUGUAGCAUUACCAAAAUCACACGCGCAAAAACUUGCUGGUCGUCUAGCGGCCGAUACGACGAGAUGGCUCAGCCACAUCUUUCGCUUCGUCGAUUGCGCGUCGUCCUUCCACGAGGAUCACUUAGAAGGGUUGAUCAGAGUGACGAGAUUGGCCCUACACCGAAAGUAUCCCAGGUACAUGGAGGAGGGCUUUACCGCACUUGCAUCUAUGCCCCCCUUGAUUUACAGCUCCGUUGCUGCACCCUUGGGUGUUGUCCAGCAUCUGUGCAGACAGCUCUCAUUACCGCUUCAUUGCAUAAGACCAAUCCCGCAUAAUACCAUGUUCGGUUCGAGGCAUACUAUGGACAUCUCAGCAUUGGAACGACGUUUAGCGGAAGAUACGCAAUCGAAUAAUGUAACGCCGUUGUUGGUAUUGGCCGAGGCUGGCUCAGUAUUAACAGGCCAUUGCGACAACAUUACGCGAUUACGAGCGAUAUGCGACAAGUACAAUGUCUGGUUGCAUCUCAGAGGACAUUCAUUAGCCGCACUUGUAUUGAACAAUUCGGCGAAGGAUUUGCCGUCGAAGAUAGCGGACAGCAUUACGUUACCACUCGGAGUUUGGUUGGGUAUACCUUCACUACCGGUGGUUACAUUGUACAGAUUAGCGGAUAUCAAAGGGGGCAGGCCUACUCCCAGAGAUACCACGUUAUCUCUGGUUUCAGGAUUGUUGGCAGAUUCGUUAUCAAGACGUUUACCGACCUUGCCCUUGUGGGCUGUUUUGCAGAUCUUAGGUCGAGACGGUGUGCAUAACCGAUUCAAAAGAUGUUUCUUGGCUGUGGAGGAAUUGUACAAUAAAAUUAAAGGAUUCCCUUGUAUUAGAAUAUUGAGUCAAUCGCCAGGCAGUGAAACGGAAUCUUACACGAUAAAUGAGUAUCUGGCGAAUCCUGUAAACAAUCUACAGUUAUUCGAGGUAGUGGCGAGCGCGUUAGUUUUCCAAUUUGUAUCCGCGAAUAAGGGUCUUCAGACCAUGGAACGUGUAAUACCCUAUUACGACAAGUUAAACUCCUGGUUAGGGCAGAUUCUUCAAAGGGACAUUGAUAAUGUACAAAUAGAGCUUUGUGAUAUAGAACAAUGCGGUGUAGCGAUCCGUAUAUGCCCAUUAGAGAACCCCGAUCGGCCGCCAGCGACCGAGGAUAUAGAUAAUCUGGUAACUUGUCUUCAACAACAAAUAGAAAUAUUGAUAGCCACAGUGGAGCAUAAGAAUACGUUCGUGCGUUUAGUCAUGGAGAACGAUUCUUUACAUUUGGUAGAAAUGCCAGGUUGGGCGGGUCUGGGAGGCGUGCGUUACGCUCCACCUACAUGGAUUCACGUGAUGACCGAUCAGACGAAAGAGGAAUUAAAUAGACUGAACACGCAGCUGGUCGAGACUCUACGCAGCACCGACGCUGCGUUUUCUCUCGGGGAAGGCGCGGAUGGUCUCGCGUGCGUGCGAUUUGGCAUGGUAACGCAAGAUACGGACGUGGCUGAACUGUUGUCUUUAGUCUUGCAAGUCGGCCAAGAAGUGGAAGCUAGCUCCAAAAUGUUGGACACUAUAUCCGAAGUAGUGAAAAGAGGAAUCGAGACGGCGCAAAUCGACUUGGAGAGAGAAAACGCAGAGAAGCUGUGGCAAGAAGGUAUCCUCCGACAUGUCCCCGUAGUAGGGACAUUCGUUAAUUGGUGGAGUCCUCCUUCCAAGGAGACAGGCGUUCGUGGCCGUAGUCUAAAUCUGCAAGCUGGUGUCGUGGAGAGUACCGAGAAUAUUUACAAAUAUCACAUGCAGUUGCAACCAAAUUUCACAAACAGCAACGGUUCCGGCGCUAGAACGCCGCCGCAGCCGUUGGUGCAAACACCGGUCGGCGCUAGCAGUCAGAGUCAGAGCCACAGUCGAUCGUCUAGCCAUUCUAGCCUGCAGAGCGGUAAGAGUAUGCCUCUGAUAAGCAAUGCCAAUUCCCAGCAUCAAGUGAAGGAAGAACCCGGCCCGGUCAAGUCGUAGUAAACAUUGCAUCCACAUUGCCAUUGCACCGAGAGCACAUUGUUCUCGAGUGAUUGAAUGUGGCACAAGAGCGGUGCUUUGACGUGAAUAUUGAGGAACGCUUUUCUUUCUAGCAGAUAUUCUUUACAUUUGCAAGGAGCGUUAAAUUGUAACUCGUGCAUAGCAAGAAUCGUGCUGCAGGCGUACCGAAUGUCGUGAAACGUGCCUCAGUUUAAUUUUUCCUUGCCAUUCACUAACACUUUUCGCCGAGCGUUUCUCUCCUCCUCGAAGACGUUCACUUUUAUGUAUUUAGAAUGCGUCUCUCCCGAGCGAUCUCUUUUUUCGCAUGAAGUUUUAUCGAGCUGAGCAAUUCCAAAGCGAUCGCGACUUAAUAUCAUGGGGUGGUCCAUGUACUUAUUAGACUGAUUCAAUUGUUGCUUUUGCGAUAAGUUACAUACAAGUAAAUAACAACUUGACACUGAAAUACCUCUCGCAGCACAAUAGUCAGAAUAAAAUUCCUUCUUAAAUUG